GCGAUAAUCAGGCACAAGGGAGGGCAGCUUUGCUCCUGCUUGCAUAUCAUGUGAUCGCUCACUGUGUGCAGGCAAACAUUUCGACGUCACGCGCCGACAUCAUAUCCCAAGUACCAGCAGACUUUGUUUCGACUGGCACUUCACUCCUAGUUUCCGCCAAUGCACUAGAGCCACCGAGAGACUCCGUUUCAGCAACUGUCAUCAUGCGUGUCGAAUCAAUUUGCCCUGGCUUCCCAAAGCCGUUAGGGAUGGUUCCUGGAAUACCGAAUCCUUUCGCGGCUCUCCCUCGAAUGAAUCGUCAACCCUGUAAGGAGGGGGGCACUGCAGGCUACAAACCCGCUAUCUGGCGCUGUCUUGGUGGAUGAUUGUCGCGCGAAUCGUCGAUUCUUGCCUCACAUGUAUACAUGGAGCAUAGCCCGCGCUUGCCGGGACCAGGGACGUUUUCUUCUUUCUCUCUCUCUCUGACACCUCUCUCCGUCCUUGCUUCAUCUGCGCAAUAUGGAUCGAUGGGUUCUGUUGGCUUUAUCGCUGUUUUUCGCGACGCGGGGCAUCUGUGCAGGACACCUGGACGUCCUUCCUCAAGAAACAAUCGUGCCUCAAUGCUCGACGCUGGAAGUUCUUUGGGAUCAACCUGUGCGUAAUCACCUUCACGUACAACCCAAUCUUCUGAUCAACGUCACAAAUCUUUUCGACCUUGGUAUCCAGAAUGGGACGUUCACGACUUACCAAGUCGCACUGCCUGUUGGCCAAAACUUCUCUUUUGCCUACAAUACACUGGCCAACCAGUUCCUCGUUUUCCAAUCUUCCAUGAUGACUGUAGGAGCAGGAACAGCGGAGUGUCUAUCGAACGGAAACCCUAGCUCCAGUGCCUCCUCCUCCUCCUCCUCCUCCAGCACCUCCUCCUCCAGCACUUUGACUUCAAGUGCCACAGCUCCUGUUUCGACAUCAUUAACUGCUGUACUAUCACCGUCUGCUGUCCCAGACACGAAUAGUCAUAGCGGGAGCGGGAUAUCUAGCGGUGCUGUGGGUGGAAUAGUGGUUGGAGCCGUUGCUGUGAUUUUGGCUGCUUUGGGGGGAUUCUGCCUCUCCAAACGACGGUACAAACAGAAACUAGCUUCACUGGAGGGAUCACAGCACGACUCAGUUACUCCUCGCUUCCUGGAUCAGGAAUCGGGUCGAGGUCAGGCAGUUACCAUGAUCAGUCGUGCGUGCUACCAUCCACAACGAACUAACUGCUGCUUAAUGCUUUCGCCUAGCCUACCGAACAGAAUCGGUUACCAGUCCGUACGAUCCAUCCAUCAUGCCCAGCACGGUUCGGAGCCCAUUUGCCAUGGGAUCGCACACAUUACCAGAGCCUUCGCUGGUCUCACCGCCUACGACAAGAAAAGGAAGCUCGACUACAUCAGUAACUCAGCCCCCUGCUGCACCGCGAAUACUGCAUACGGAUGGUGGGGUGCGCGUCGAGCCGGAAGAACUUCCUCCUGUGUACCGAAACUACGAUGA